UUUCCAUUUCCAUAUCCAUAUCCAUUUCCCACUUACCGUUCUUACUUUCCCUUUGCAGCAGCGCCAAGGCGGACAAGAAUCGCAUAAAUCUAAACAUAGUCCUGUCCCAGACGAUAAGGGCCACCAACGAGCGUGAGCAGGAGCCGGAUUUCGAGCAAGAUCAGGACCAGGAGCCGGAGCAUCACUCACAACAGGCUGAGAUCCCUGCAGAGAUCCCUCUGAGCAUCUCGCCUGCCUUGACCGUCCAGCGGCGUCCGCCCCUGGUGCGUGCUAUGUCCGCUCCGGUCCGUGGUCUGGACGAGAGCAGCAAGGGCGUCAUAGCCGCCAGCAAGCGGAGUCAGCAGAAGCUGCGUCGACGCAAGAUCUUUACCAGGACUCCAUCCACUUCGGUGGUGACUGGUGGCGUUGGCAUAGAUGUGCUUGGCGGCGGCGACUCAUCCUCCUCGGGAGGAGGAGCAACUGGUUCCAGCAGCUCUUCAAAAAAGGCUCUGAAUCGUGCACGCAGCGUGGUGGCUCCAGAUGUCAUUACUCUGGUCUCCCUGUUGAGUUCCGAGGGCAGUGAUUCCGAGCGGGAAGACAACUGCUCCACGGUGGUCACCUCGACGCCAGCUGGCGGAGGGGAGAAACAGCAGCCAGGAACCGGAGCGCAGCGAAGGGCUCCCCUCUUGAGGAAGACGGGCAAAUCGGUCUCGUUUCAAGACAGCUAUCCGCCCACCUUUCAACUGGCCUCCAAGGAGUACUCGCACAUGAUCCGACGCGGAUCGAUAGCUCCUUUGGCUGCCCGCAUCCGAGCCAACCGGCCACCCACAGCGCCGCCCGUUUCCAUUUUCCUAACCGACGUCGUCGUUGGUGUUACUCCGGGCAAGAUGGAUCAGCAGAAGAAGGAGGGCUCACAGGACGAGAUCCCUUUAACGCCACCGGAUGAGGCCAAGAAGGAGAACAACAAUAAUGCGGCCAACUGUGAGGAGCAGCCACCCCAGCCGGAUCACAAUUAUCCAAACUAUGUGCGUAGCCUAAAGGAACGCGAGUGCUGGAAGCUGCAUCAGAAGAUGGGAGCCAAGGGUGUUAAUGUAAGCUAUGAGACCGUGCUCAGGGGCAUGUUGACGCCCACAGAAUUCCGGCACUACCAGAAGCAGCGAGAACAGGAGGAGGCUCGUGUCUUGGAGGAGGCAGAGGCUGCCGAGGCAGCCGCCGCAGCAGCCAUCCUGGAGAGCGGCGAGAAGGAUAACCGCAAGGCUCCAGUCACGGCCAUAGAACGAUUCUCGGAGGCUCUGCUUCAGAGCAAGUAGAGGGGGAGCAGUAUCCAAGAGGAUCAGGAGCAGAUCUCCCAAAAAAAAACCGACCAUUAAAUUGCAUUUGCCUCUAGGGGACGUAGCAGUAGUCGAGCACUCGUUAAACCGCAGUCGCACCCCGCUGAUAAAAGACACCACUGACCGGCGUCCACUCGGUAGUUAUAGAUGGUACCCGUAAUCCGGAGUCCACCAGUCCGGGACUCCACUCCUCAAGCUUAAGUGGACGCUGAGCCUGGCCAAUAAACGCAAAAGCAAUACCCCCUCCUGUAGACCCUUAACAAUAAAGAAUACU